CCGCCAGCCGAGCACCAUGUCUUGCCGACCAUCACUUCGAUCACUCACCACCACCACCAACACCACCACCACUCUAUCUUCCUCGGUCGCCUUCCUCACUUCUCAUCAUCAUCAUCAUCUCAAACGGAGAAGGAAUCUGAUCUACUUCAACAGGACCACUCACAAUCCAUCUCAGUCCCCAGUCAACCUCGCCUCACAUAGCCCUCCUGAACAGGCCCUCCAAUGGAAACCAAUACACUCAAGACUCUCGCUCUCCCGCCGGAUAGCCCUCUACCAAGCACUAUCCAAGGCUCGCCUCUCAUCUCUCAUCACCCUCACCACGAUGGCUAGCUAUGCUCUCUCACCGAUCACCGCGGCUACCCCGCCCAGCUCAUUGACAACCCUGCUAGCCACCGCAACCGGCACGUUCCUCUGCUCAGCAUCCGCCAAUACGCUCAAUCAGAUAUUUGAAGCCCCAAUGGAUGCGCAGAUGUCGAGGACUCGGACGAGACCAUUGGCCCGUCGGGUGAUCUCGACCCACCAUGCCAGUGUCUUUGCGACUGUCUCCGGGCUCAGCGGCUCGCUCAUACUCGCAACGAUGGUCAACCCGACGACGGCCUUGCUCGGUGUUUCCAACUUGUUCCUCUACGCUUUCGUCUACACCCCUCUCAAACGGAUCUCGGUCACCAACACCUGGUUGGGUGCACUCGUGGGCGGAUUGCCGGCGCUAAUGGGUUCCACUGCUGCCGGCGCAUCACUCGGACAUCCCGCCAGUUGGCUCACCGCCGGCCUACUCUACGUCUGGCAGUUCCCUCACUUUAACUCCCUCGCACAUACCCUCAGGAGGGAUUACGCUCGCGCAGGCUACAUGAUGAUGUCCAACCUCCAUCCCGCCCUGAACGCCCGAGUCAGCCUCAGAUAUGCACUCGCCGCGAUCCCGUUAUCUAGUUGGCUGAUCCCUUACUACGGCCUCACUACUUCCACCUUUGGCUUCCUCAGUCUAAUCCCUAACUUGGCACUCAUCAUUCCCGCCGUUCGUUUCUGGAUCGCCACCCCCAACGGCCCACUCUCUCAAAAAAUACUGAGUUCAUUGGCCUCCUCUCCCAUUCAUCUCCUCCGCUCUAUCCCUAAAAUCUCCGGCUCAUUCGAAUCCAAGGCUCGUCAAGAACAGGAAGCUAAAAAAUUAUUCUGGGCUAGCUUGAUCCAUCUUCCUACUCUCUUAAUCCUAAUGAUGGCCUGUAGAUCCUCCUCCUCUCCUGAUAACGAUGAAACAGUUUCCUCAUAAAACACACUGAUACAUCCUUAGGCUCAAUUGUAUUUGCGCAUACUUAUAGUAAUUCUUCAAAAAUAAUCCACCCAAAUUUUUACCCAGAGACAAUUGAGUUUCUUUUUUUGCUUUCGUUUCUGGAACAAAUCAUGCUUAUUUUUUUGUUAUCCACCAAAUCAAAAUAAAGAAACCCAUUGAACAACUGUCCCAUUUAGAAGUCUCUUCAUAAACCAAGAAUAUAUCUGUGAAUCAGAUAAGUUGAACACAUCCAAU